CUUCAACCCAAUCUUCUUGAAUAUGUACUAUCAGCAUGCCAACAUACUGCGUAUACGUCUGUAAUUUAUAUGACAUGUUGCUUCACCAAGAUCAUUGAUGUUUACCAGUAUAAACAAUGGGUCGACUGCGGAGCUUUUUGUCGGGAGAGCGGAUUAACGCCACCACACCUCCACCCUACCUCCUUCAUGUGCGGUCCUCCAGGCUGUUCAUCUUAACGACAAUAUGCAUAGCUGUAGCCACCGACACAUUUCUCUACGGCAUGAUCGUUCCUGUCAUUCCAUUCGCUCUGUCAUCCCGAGCUGGCGUUGCCCCAUCAUCGGUUCAGAGCUAUACUAGUAUUCUCCUUGCAGUGUACGGAGCAGCUCUCCUUGUUUGCGCCCCAUUCGCUGGAUUCUAUGCCGAUAGGUCUUCCAGCAGGAGGCUGCCUCUUCUCGGGGGCCUAUUGGCCCUAGCUGGUGCGACGUUAAUGUUGUGUCUCGCACGAACCGUUUCACUGCUUGUGGUUGGAAGAUUGCUUCAAGGCGCAUCGGCUGCCGUUGUUUGGACGGUGGGGCUCGCAUUGUUGGUCGACACCGUGGGACAAGCAGAGAUUGGGACGGUCUUGGGGUGGACCAGCAUCAGCAUGUCAGUAAGCAUUCUAAGUGCUCCAUUGCUCGGUGGCGUGGUCUAUCAGAAAGCAGGAUAUUAUCCUGUGUACUAUAUGGCCUUUGGGCUCAUCGCCCUGGACAUAUUACUCCGGCUUCUUCUGGUUGAAAAGAAAAUAGCCCGUCAAUGGCUGCCCGAAGAAUUUCCCGAGUUAUCAACUCCGGAGCCAGGAUCCGAUCCCGAGAAGACGGCAGUGGAGAAUCCUAGGGAAGUGGCUCCCGAAGCUCUCAACUCCCUUGCGCCAACAUCGGAACAACCUCCGCUUGCGAGACCACUUAGUAAAUACCCUCCAGUUUUCACUCUCCUCAAAUCACGCCGUCUUCUCGCGGCACUUUGGGGCUGCAUCGUUCAGAUGACAUGCAUGACGGCUUUCGAUGGAGUGAUUCCGCUCUUUGUCAAAGAAACAUUCCACUGGAAUUCCACAGGAGCUGGUCUGAUUUUCCUCGCUGUUAUCAUCCCAACAUUUGCCUCGCCCGUGGUGGGUUGGGCUUCAGACAAAUACGGACCACGGUGGUUGACAGUUGCCGGCUUCACUCUAGCAAUUCCAUUCUGGGUGCUGCUUCGUUUUGUCACACACGACAGCCAGGGCCAGAAAGUUCUGUUUUGCGCACUGCUAUCCUUGAUAGGAGUCGCUCUUACCCUGGCAAUGCCUCCCUUGAUGGCGGAAAUAACUUAUGUUGUGGAAGCCAAAGAGAGGGAAAGUCCAGGAAGGUUUGGGAAGACUGGAGCCUACGCCCAAGCAUAUGGGUUGUUCGUUACUGCUCUUGCCGCCGGGACACUCAUCGGGCCUGUUUGGGCGGGUUACGUCCGAACAGAUGCUGGCUGGGGAACGAUGUCAUGGUCGUUAGGCCUCUUCGGAUUUUCCGCUGCUGUUCCGUGUUUAAUAUGGACAGGAGGGCUGAUAACUGAAUUCAACGCAAAGACUGGCGAGGAGAGAGCCGCCGGAAGACCGAGCGAAUGGGAAAGGGCGGGAAGAGGCGAGAAGGCUGUUUGACGUCUAGUGCACUGCGUUGCAGGAGUUUUGGAAAUCUACAUCCAAAUCGCCAAUUAGUGGGCGUUCUAUCGUUACUCACCUAGCGGUAGAAAUAAAAGCGACACUAAAUGUAAGAUUGCCAUCUUGUGGGACAUUUCAACUUCAGCUCCCCAACUUUCCCAAUUUCCCUCGAGCUCUCGUACUUUCAAUAAUACCCGAAAGUUUCGGAAGGCCUCGACUAUUCAAGCCAUAUAUUCUCAAAGUCCGCAUCAUUGCCCAACUUUGACUAAGGACAUUGUAAUAUAGUGGCGCUUUUCAUGUCCACCGCGAG